AUCAUCCAGUGCGAUAGUUGUAAUGAGGUGAUGGUCAAAUGAUUUCAUGGGUUCGAGAUGUUCUUCAAAGAGUUUCUUUUGACAUUUAUACUUCUGAUUAAUAUAUAUUUUUGUGAAUCAGUGGGUUUGAAAAAUAGUGUGGAAAUGCAAAAUGUCCAUGUUUGUCCUGAAAAUGAUAAACUGAAAGAGCCAGUGUCGAACCUGAAAUUCACGAAAAUCAACAAAACACAUUCGGCACUAACUAUGGAUUAUUCAUACGCAAAAGAUAUUGACGAUAAAACAGGGUAUACCGUGAAGUUGGAACGUUGGUCUGAUGGUGGAUGGGUAGAGUGGCCUUUUUUACCUAAGCAGAAAAAUAUGUGCAAAUCGAUGAUGAAACUUUUUCCUAGUAUUUGGUUGGAAGCAAAUAAAGACACCAACAUAACACAUCCAGAUAAAUGUCCAAUACCUGCAGGGCGUUAUCAUAUGGAGAAUCACAUAUUCGAUUUCACUGGAUUAUAUGCACCAAUAAGGCUUGGAAAAUUCAGAUUGACCAUUAAAGUCACCGACGAUGAAAACAAGGAUUUGCUUUACUGCCUCAUCCUUGAAGUAACUGUCGAACAAAGGGUAAAUGGAGUUUAA